AUUUAAUUAAUUCACGCAUUCAUUGUGUUUUAAACUCAUUUGAAUUUGUAGUGAAACGAGAGGUUGUGUUGAUUGAAGUGUCAAAUACAGCCCAACCCAUCAGUAGUCUAGUAUUCAUUUAUAUUCAAUUGUGAUCCCAUUGAUUGAAUUAUGCAAAAUCUAUGACAAUUCAAACCAAAUAUAUAUUUCAAUUUUAAUCUUUAAUUUAAUUUCUCAGUUAAUCGUGUUUUCAAUUUUCAUUUACUGUAAGUCUUAGAUAUGUUUCACUGUUUAAUGGUUUUGAGGAAAUUAUAUUAUGAACUGAUGCUUAACUUAUCGCUUGCUAUCAAUGGUUUUUAAGUUUCAAACAUCGGUUUAAUUUUAGACAAUUUCCUCAAUUUCUUAACGAUUAACGCAUUUAUUAUAAUAUUAUUUCUUUCAAAGUAUAUAUCAAUUGAUUUAAAGGUAUACUUUCAUUUGAAGUGUCGAUUACUUGAAACCAAUUCAUAAAAUGCCCAAAGAAUUCGUUGAAAUGAAGAUAUCUGUUCCCUACGGGUCCAUAAUGGCUAAGGCUUGGGGCCAUCCCACACACCAUUCCCAUCAAGUAUUGGCCCUUCAUGGAUGGCAAGACAAUGCCGGCACUUUUGACAAACUCAUUCCUCUGCUGCCCGACUCUGUCUAUGUAUUGGCGGUGGACCUUCCGGGACACGGCUUGUCAUCACAUCUGCCGCCCGGCUGUCCAUACCAUGACUUAGUAUUCCUAAUGGAAGUGAAGAGAGUUAUCGAUCACAUGAAUUGGGAUAAGUUUACAAUAUUAGGUCAUUCGAUGGGAGCGGCGAUCGGCAUGUUUUACGCCUGUCUUUAUCCUCAAUCAGUGGUCAAAGUGAUUGCAAUAGAUAUGAUUAAGCCGUUGAGCUUUCCGGCCGAAGAGUUGGCCAAAAGGACCUGCGAUGGCAUCAAUACUUUCUUAGCGUUAGAGCAAAAGAUAGCAAAUCCUCCGGUUUAUGAUCAUAAGACUACUGUCCAGAAGAUGAUCGCCGCUCACGCCAUAUACGGCACACUUUCCGAAGAGGCGGCCGAAUGUCUGUUGAAAAGGGGUGCGAAAAUGUCUUCGGAUGGAAAGGGAGAGUAUUUUACUCGCGAUAACCGAAUCAAAGCCGUACUCUUCCAGCGUAUGGAUAGUGAGGCGCUCCGCAAAUACUUGGAAAGUAUUGAAUGCGAACUCAUUAUCAUUAAAGCGAAGAAUGGUAUUGAACUCGACCCCCAAGAAAUCAACGACAAGUUUAUGGAAUUGUAUCGCAAAAAGUGCAAAACUUUCAAAUUGAUUGAAUAUAUUAUCGUUGAAAGCAAUCAAAUGUUUAAAAACACAUUUCAAAGCGGAUUCCUAUCCGUGUUGUAUAGCAUUGGAUCAAAUCCUCUCCAGAUAUGGGACAAGAAAGUGAAGAACGGAUCCAUUAAACGGAUUACAGACAACGAAAUCCAGAGUUUGGUGAUAGAGAUCAGUGGCGCGAAUGUGUCGACCACUUUCAUCACGUGUCCGUCACAGCCGAGGGCCAGUCUGGGCAUCAAAUUGCCGUUUCUGGUCAUUAUCGUCAAGAAUAUGAAGAAAUACUUCUCGUUUGAAGUGGAGAUCAUUGACGACAAACAGAUCCGAAGACGAUUCCGAGCGUCCAAUUAUCAGAGCCAGACUCGUGUCAAACACUUCAUCUGCACAAUGCCUUUACGGCUCGACGAGGGCUGGAAUCAGAUUGGAUUCAAUUUAGCCGACUUUACCCGAAGAGCCUACGGAACCAAUUAUGUCGAGACACAGAGGCUCACCAUUAAUGCCAACUGUCGGCUCAGACGAGUCUACUUCGCCGAUCGGCUCUACAGUGAGGACGAGUUGCCCCCAGAGUUCAAACUCUAUCUCCCGAUUACUGCCAAAACCUGA